AUGGGGAACUGGAAUUUCCUUGGAGGCAUCCUGGAGGAAGUUCACAUCCACUCCACCAUAAUUGGAAAGAUCUGGCUCACUAUACUGUUCAUAUUUCGAAUGCUUGUCCUGGGGGUAGCAGCUGAAGAUGUCUGGAAUGACGAGCAGUCUGGCUUCAUCUGUAAUACAGAACAGCCUGGCUGCAGAAAUGUAUGCUAUGACCAGGCCUUUCCCAUCUCCCUCAUUAGAUACUGGAUUUUGCAGGUGAUAUUUGUGUCUUCACCAUCCCUGGUCUAUAUGGGUCACGCUUUGUACCGACUGAAAGUUCUGGAGAAAGAGAGGCAGAGGAAGAGAGCUCAGCUGAGAGGGGCACUUAAGGGGGUGGGGUGUGAAAUGCCCUGGGACAGGAGGAGACUGGAGCAAGAACUUUGUCAGCUGGAACAAAGAAAACUAAGCAAAGCCCCACUCAGGGGAACCUUGCUUUGCACUUACGUGACACACAUUCUCACUCGCUCUGUGGUCGAGAUGGGGUUCAUGAUUGGACAGUACCUUUUAUAUGGAUUUCAUUUAGAGCCUUUAUUUAAAUGCCACAGCCACCCGUGUCCGAAUAUAAUUGACUGUUUUGUCUCAAGACCAACAGAAAAGACAAUAUUCCUGUUAUUUAUGCAGUCUAUAGCCACUGUUUCGCUUUUCCUAAAUAUUCUCGAAAUUUUCCACCUAGGUUUUAAGAAGAUUAAAAGAGGGCUUUGGGGACGAUAUAAAUUGAAGGAUGAGCACAAUGAAUUCUUUGUGAACAAGUCAAAACAAAAUCUUGCCAAAUAUCAGAGCACAUCUGCAAAUUCACUGAAGGGACUCUCUUCUGCACCUGAUUAUUAUCUGAUGAUGGAAAAGCAAACACACUCAGCAGUGUGCCCGAGUUUAAAUUCACCUGCAUUUCAGGCAGGUCCUGACCAUCACAGUGGAAAUGAUGAGAAAUGCAUUUUGGAUGAACAAGAAACUGCACUUUCUAAUGAGAUGUGCACACUUAGCGCUACCUGUAGUCAUCUUCAACACAUCAGAUCAUGUAAUAAUGAAGACACUCAUAAAAUAUUUAGAAAAGAAGUGGGUAAUGCAUUAAAGGGAAAGAGAGAAAUCGAUGGUAAAGACACCAAAAGGAACCACUACUCUAGAGGUCACUGCUCUAGUCCAGGUGUUGUUAUAGACCUGGACAACCAUGUGGGGCAGCCUCAAACAGCUGCCCGGAAACAGACAUGGCUUAGUGCUACCUGGGGUCCCUCUACAGAAGGUGAAAAUCAGGCAUCACCUCCUAAAGGAAACCUCAAGGGCCAGUUCAGAGAGGGCACAAUCCGAACCCUACCUCCUUCCCAGGGAGACUGCCAACCACCUGACAUUCCAGACACUCCUGAUUCUUUGGGACAGUUGUCCUUUGAAUCUGAUUUGAUCAGAAGCUGCAACAAUCCUACUGCUCGCCCUCCAAAUCAUUUAGCGCUGCUGACAAACAACCUCAUUGGUAGGCGGGCUCCCACAGACCUUCAGAUCUGA